AUGAUCGUAUUAUAAUUUGUAUAGCCUGGGACAAUAUCCAGGUAUAAUAUCAGGAAUUACUGCUUGGUAUUCAUUUCCUACGUAAUUUUCUAUUUCUGGAUUUUGUAAGUAGUACUUUCUUUCUUAUUGGUUUGUUGCUGCACUUUAUUCUUUCAAUUAUUAAUUCAAAGAAUUAGCAAAAUCUUUUUUGUCUUCUUUAGCUCCCAUAUUACCCUAAAUGCUGAAUCUAUGCGAUUACUUUUAGGUUUUAUGGAUAUUCAAAAAGUAGUUCUAGUUUUAAUCGGGCUCAUUUAGGCUGCGCUUUUAUUUCUCAACAAUUGGCUACUUUAAUGGGUCUUUUUUGAUACUCUUUUUAAGAAUAAGAUUCGACUAAUGUAUGAAGUCUCUACUUAAAUUCUUAUUGCCUUACUUUGCUUAUUCCAAACAGUGAAGUUUUUGAUCAUGCUCAAUCUAAAUUUGAUUCUCAUUGUCGCUUUCAUAAGAACUUGGUUCGUUAUAAUUGCUGUAAUAUUAAUUUUCACGAGAUUUAUUUAAACCAAUUUGUUUCUCUAUAUUCAUUUAUCUUUAUUGUGA